UAUAUAUUAACAAAUAUAUUUUUUAGUGCAAUAUUUUUAUAAUUGAAAAUUUUAUAUACUGAGGGCUCUGAGAAGUCAGGUGACGUUCGUAAAGCAGAGAUAAGUAAAAUGGCAGGCAAUAUGGUCAACAAAAAGUCGGAGUGUAACCACAAUGUAAAACCACCUAUUCAAAAGAAAUUUGUUAAAAAACGCAAAAUUGAUGAUGUUAAUGAUAUCCACAGAAGUGAGUUUGUUGUCAACAAGGGUUUAAGUCCCUUUGACAAGCGGCGUGAAUUACACCUUGGAAAGAAAACCAAGCUAGAAGAGAAUAAAGUGUUUGGAUGUAAGGAUAAUUUGAAGAAAGUUAUUAAUAUUGGUUUAAAAAAAAUUGCAAAAACUGAACUAAAACCAAAACCGACAAAUACAAAAACAAAGGAACAUGUUGGCAAAAUAAAUACUUUAAAAUCUUUACCCCCACCAGCAGUCUCUGGUGAAGACCAUAAUAUAUAUCGUUUCGGAGAAGAGGAUCUUGAAGAAAUUUCUCAAUGUGAUUUGAAUCAUCCUUUGAUAAAAAUUGCGAAAUCAUAUCUGCAAGGUCAAGAAAAUAUAGCAGCGGUAUUUAAGGCUUUUGAUGAGAAUACAAAUUCAGUGAAAACUGAAUUUAAACAUGUUAUGCGAAACACAGACGAUAUGGAUGCAUAUACGAAAAACCGCAUUGCUACCCUUAAACUGAAAUAUGUUACGACCAGUUUAAAGGUUAAAAAACUAAUGGCAGAUGUUAACAAGAUCAGAACUGAAUUAGAAUAAGAGCAAAAGAAGAAAAGAUCUGAUCCAGCUUCCUUAACUUGGUGUUGUAUCGAUGUAGCAUGUAACAUAAUCUUUCUUAUAAUUUACAUUUAUUUAUUGAUUGUCAUAAUUAUAUAUUGUAAUAAAUGGG